AUUGAAGUAAUUAGAAGAGAACACGUACAUGAAAAUGAGGUUAGGAUGUGAGCUUUUAUACCGGCAAGCUGCAUACAACGAUAUGGCGAACUGUGCUUCGAUUUGAAAGAAACUGGGAGCGCACUAUAGAAUCAUUUAAUGAAGUGAACAAGAGUACAUCGUUGUGGGAAUGACUAAUAAAUUGUUUGCUUUGUUGAUUUUGUUCCAUUAUAUACUCGUGUGGUAUUAAUAUACACAAUAAAAAGACUCAACGAAUUAACAGUACACGCAAAAAAAGGACGGGGUGUCAAAUUGCUCAAGAAAAUAAACGUCUAACCUCGUUUAUUUUAUUGAUGACUAUGUCAGAUGUUCUACAACUUGAUUGUUCUAUAGAUAAUGAAAUCGCGCGAAAUGCUACGAAAAAUUUUGCUGAAAUGCUUGGAAAAACAUUCGAGCAAUAUAAAAAAUUAUGGAAUGAAUACUUAAAAUUAAGAAAGUAUUGUGAAGAUGCCAAUUUUAAGAUUCCAUUUCAGUUGUUUCAGUCAGAUUGUCAUAGUAAUAUAGAUACUGCUAACACAGAUGUCAAUACAUCAUCACAAAAAUAUGGAUGUUCUACAGAAUCAUCUGAUAUAAGUCAGAUACUAGGUACAAGUAUUCCUGUUGUACUGGAUGAAAGUGUUUCAUAUGAUGAUAAAUUUGACAACAAACAAACAAACCAAAAAAAAUUACCAAGCAGUCCAAUACUUAUAAAAGAUCGUUUCAGAUACAGGAAAAACAAUAAUAUAUCCAGUCAUUCUUCUUCAAACGAUUCUAAUGAAAACAUAGUACAGCAUUAUUUACCAAUAAAAGAGAAUCUUUUUGUUUCGACAAGUAGCUCUCAAAAAUCUGAACUAUCCAUUGAAUCAAAGGAUGAUGAACCUUCAUUAUUUUCAAUUCAUGAAAACAAUGAUGAAGUACAAUGUACACCUAUGGCAAAUAUACCAAGAAAAUUGGGAGUCAGUAAGCUGUAUAAUGUUGGUACUACAUUAUUGAAAAAUGGGAAAAAAAUAAAACAAUCAAAACUUGUAUUUCUUCCAUCUGAACAAUCAGCAGAUAACAGAUUAUCCUCGCCUAAAAGGAUAAAUCAAGAUCAGAAUAAAUCAAUAGAUGAAGAAAUAAUACAAGUUAGCCCUAAUAAGCAUGCUGAAUUAAAUCUAAGAAUAAAAAAUUUGAAAGUUAAGAGAAAGACUCCUAUUAAGAUUACUCGAAAUAAUAAUGCCAAAUUCCCUUUAAAAGAAAGUGGUCAAUUAACCUUUAAUCAGAAUUCACUAUCUACAUGUGCAUCUGAACAAAAAAGUCAGUUAUCUCCAAUUAGAAAAUUCAAAACAUUUAGUUUCUCAAAUAAUGAAAAGAUUAAAACGAAUCGUGAUAUAAGCUCUUCUUUAUCUCCAGUUGAUACUGUUGAACAAAUGCAUUAUGUGGAUGAUAAAAACUUAUUGACUGUAAUAAAAAAAAAUGAAGAGUUAGACAGUGUAAAAGAUAAUAAUCAAAUAAAAGAAGGGUCAAAUUCACAAUUAAGUGACCAAAAACAUCAGAAUAAUUCAUCAUAUGAAAAUGAUGAAACAUUUUGUUUGAUAGGAGAAAAGCUCAAAGAAAUUAAAGAUGAUAGAUUACCAAAAUCUUCACCUGUAAGGAGGAGUCUUAUGAGUAGUUUUGAUGUGCCAUGCAAGAGAAAGAAUGUAGAAAUUGAUCAGCCUUCAAAGAAAAAAUCGGACAGAGCAAAGAUGGCUGGUGUUACUUGUUGGGAAUGUAAAAAGUAUUACGCUAAUCUCGGACUUUCGGAAGAAGAAAUAAAAGCAAGACAGAAUCAGUGUUCUCGGCAUCGAACUAAUGAAAAAAAAAGGGGGGAUACACCCGAAGGAUUUUGGAAUCCUUUAUUUUCUGGUACAUACACAUCUACUUUGCAAGAUGAUUAACACAGACCAGAUUCAAUCCUUUGCAUAAAAAUAUAGAAUCUGUUAUAUUAAUUCGUGCUAAAAAGGAUUAAUGAAACUUAUCAGUUGGUCAAGCAAACUUUCAUAGUACGUUAUUCGUAGUAAUUCAGCACAAGAUAGAAACUAUUACAAUUAAUACUUUUAAUUCCCGUAUACUUAAAUGUGCAAAGUAUCUGGUAUUCAUCGAUUCUGCACCCAAUAAAUGUGUUACUGUAUCUCGAACCCUAAUUUAGUAAAAUGAAUACCGAAAUGUAAAUACAAAUGAGAAUACAUUAAUUGACAGUAAUCGUUCUGCACAAUGACAAGGAAGGAACUUUAAAUGCAAUAUGUUCAUCCUGUGGGAGACUGGAUAUACAGGAUUAACAAUGCUGUAAUUUUAAACUAAAGACAGCACCUCCAUUUACAAAUCGUCAUAUCGACACGACAGUUUGUGCAAACAUGAGAGCCUUGGUGGAAUUUGGCACGCCAUUUUCAGGCCAGGACAAGAAAUGGAAUUGCGUUACAGUCCUGGUUUCACCGGUGCGAAGAUUCUUCAAGUAAAAGGAACGUACCAAAUAAUCGUCACACCAGAAGUGUUCAGAUACAAGGUGCACUUCGUAAAUGUGAUACAAUUCUGAUCCUUCUUCUGGCCAAUAACGAUGGCACAUAGCUACACCCUCCUCGAUGAACCUUGUCACCUAUGCCUGCACGAAUCACCUCAACACCCAGUGUCUUCUUCAAUUUUCCACGUAUGUCAUCUGAAAGUUAAACACAAUUGAUUAAUUUCAUUAUUUAUGUGCACUGUUGUCAUGAUUACGUACCUAUACUGCUAAGAACAUCAGUAACAUUAUAAUUCUUAUUAUUUUUAGUAACUUUAAACGUUACUUCAGCCCGACCCACUCGAAUGUCUUUCAGCACUCCAGGUGUUAGCUCCAGUAAUUUUUCCACCUGAAUAAGCAAUACUUAUUCCUUCUGAAUUUUUACAGACGUGCCAAAGAUUACCUCUUUCACCACAUGCUCGCCUUCUGACCACGUGUGAAACGGUUGCUGAAACUCCAUGUAAACGUGAUCCAGAUCAACGUUGUCGUAUGAUUUUGGACCAUCUACCUGUUGUCCAGCACCCACUUCUUUCUUCACAAAUGAAGAUAGCAGUACUUCGUUCUAGACAGUGAUAUUUAUUCACAGUGAAUAUCGAUGGAUUGCUAUUAAUUUUAUUUUGGUUGCACUUACAUCUUGCUCGGUUUCGGUUGAAUCUGACUGAUCCUCGUCUUCCAAUCCUGUACAGGUUCAUAAUUAAUGAAAGUUACUUGCAAAUGCACGAAGUUAAAUCGAUAUGAGAAUAUUUACCAGACGGUGAUGGUAUUUUGAAUGCAUAGUUGUUUGUGGAGAACGGAGGUCCUGGCUUCUUAACGUCCAGUCUUUCUCGUCUCUUAAAACCAGCCAAUUCGCGUCUCCAAAGGAGUUCGUUCAGGUCGUCGUCGAAUAAGUUGUAUGCGUUUUCUGUAAAUGAUUGUAACUUGAUCGAUAUUUUCAAUAUUGCAAUCUCAUUAAUUACCAAGCUAUUAUAAUAAAAAAAUUUACCAUCCGUAUCAUCGUUGGAUUCAUCCUUAGUCUGUAUAAGACCUCCUUCGCUAUACAUUACAUUCUCCCUCGACGUGGUAUCUCUUUGACUCGAUUCACCAUUGACAUUAACAUCCUCAUAAUCAUCAUUCACGUAAUCAUCGUUCUUUGAAUUACGUUUAACAUUAUUCAACAAAAUUUCACUAUCAUCUGGGAGGUCGACAAACUUCUUUGGUUUGUACUUUCUUGAAAAUGCCUUAUCAUAUUCGACUUCAUGAUCUCCUGUUUCUUUUGAAACUACAGGAUAAUCAUCAGAUUUUCCAUUUAUCAGGAACUCUAAUUCAUCAGCUGUUAGAUCAUCAAUCUUAUUUUGAUUUUUAUUCCUCGUAAGGUCUUUAGAUUGCUCCUUUUCAUUUUCUAAUGCGCUUCUUAUGGACUUUAUCGCGCUGUUGCUAUAAUCUCGCAGAUUAUAUGGCUGUCUUCUGGUUCUAUAUAAUCUCUCAUCAAUUCUAUUUAAAGUUGAAGGUUUCUGGAAUAAAUUGUUUCCAUCCUCCCCAUAGUUCUCUUUAGUUAAGGACUCGUAUUCAUUGUAGGAGUUUGAAUUGUACUCUGGUUUGUAAAAUUGAGGAGCUGUUUCUCUAGACUGUUCUCUGUAUGAUUGUCCAGGGAGCUGAUCAUUGUAUAAAGAAUCAGCAAGAUACUCUGUCUGUGUUCCAGGAGGGUAAUACAACUCGUUGGCGAAUUGGGUAUUGGAUCCACCAUGGUUGGGAGUGAAUUUCACUAUGGCUAUUGCAGGUACCUUAAGAAAGAAGAAAAUUGUUAGGAUGUGAGAUAAAAGAUGCUGACAGAGUCGAAGGUCGUAACUCUCUCUGGAAUAAAAGUUAUUUCUUUGAAGAAAUUGCCUUCCACCAAAAUUUAAUUUAAGGAACAUAUACAAAAGUAACGAAUCGUAUACAUAUUAAAUUAAACAGUAAUCAUACCCAUGGCGUAAAUUGUACAAGGACGUUUGCAUAAUACAUUGUGUGAAAGGAUGCGACCAUUUGAAUCCAUCUCCUUGCAACCUCUCCAACUGCAGUCUUAAUUGUUCCAAUUCGUCGAUAUCAAAGUUGUAUCUAUAACUCGCUUUCAAGAAGUGAAAACGUUAUGGAUCUUAAAGGAGGUUGAAAUAGUAUAGUCGCUUUAUGAUCAAAUAGUAAAAGAGCAAAGUAUUCGUUGCAGCGAACAUUUACUAAAGCUAAGUAUUCUAUAUUUAUUAACAUAAAAUACUUACUGAUAAUAGUCCUCCUCGGUUAGAUCAGUGUAUAAAGGUAAACAUCUACCAAACGCCAGGUCUAAAAUAUUGAAGGAAUAUUUUAAUUUCUCUUAUUUAUAUUAAACAAUACCGAUUAUAUACAUUAAAUUAUAUAUAAUUGUUACCGUUAUAACAUGUCUCCGUUCGAGGAUCGCAGAGACUCUUACUGAAUAGGCAGCCUGAAUUAAAUACCAAAUUAAUUACUAAAUUUAGAAGACUCUGUGAAACUGUUUUUAAAAAUCCUGCCAUAAUUCAUAAUAAUACUACGUGGGUAAAAUACCGACAAAUUAUUUAAUCAAAAUUCAGCAUCUCAUUCCUAGAUGGCGUUAGUGUCAUUUUCAAAGGGGACGAAAUUAAAUUGCCAGUGUUACAAAUAUCGAUCGGAUAAUUCAAAUUUAACAAAAGAAAAUAAAGAUAGCGCGGAAAAAAUGAUAUUUUUUUUUUCUCGGAUCUGUUUUAUCUUCUGAACAAAACUACAAAGUGCUUAAUUUUUUUCAGGUUGCAGUUUUUGAUUCUUAACAAACAGAAGCAUAAGGGGUAACUUUACAGAAAGAUGGUACGAUGGAAUUCAAAGUAAACCGAUCUACAAACUGUAAAUAAAAUCUCAAAAUCAAAUAUCAAGGACUAGCAGAAAUCUGCAAUGGCAAUUGAUAAGGAAAUGAAAGACGACUGUUGAAAAGGUAUACAGUUCUAAUGUAAAUAUGUAGGUGAAGGCAGAUCCAGGGCAAAAGAGAGGAAGCAUUUGCAAAGGCGGCGGUCGCGUGGGAUGCACCGUUCGAUAAUCCUCGAAAGGUCGUGGGCGAAAAUCGAACACAUUCCUCCCGCCACUUUUUUCUUCAUCAUUCACACUUACCCUAAAAGGAACUCCAAAUUUUCAAGGUUCCUUCACAGAAAUGAUCAAUAGAAGAAAUAUAAUCUUUUAAUUGGUACAGUAUAGCAUUCUAUACCUCGAUUCAUCUAAUAAUUACUAAUACCCGUAUCGUACAUUCAAUACUCUUAUACAUUUCUUCUCGGAUUUCGCAACAAAUGAAACUUCCGGGUGAUCCAGAAGAGAAAAAAAGGAAUGAAAAAUGGUCGGUAAAUAGGAUUUCGCUCGAAGCAGCAAUCAUUUCUUCGAUAUUUAUUUUGAGAGAUAGAAUGAAUUGCAGUUGAUGCUGGGAUGUUUAAGCAUGCUUCAGGAAUAAAUUCAAUUUCAGUUCCGGCGUGAAACAAGUUAAAAGGAUGCAAACUUUCACGAGCUUUUUUCCACUUUAAUCGCUCCUUUUUAUGGACGGUAAAAGAGCGAACUAAGUUCCUGAUAUUAUUCAAGAUCACGUAACUGAUGUUUCUUUUCUACUUGCAUAAUGUCUACUUUUUAUUCACGCUUUAAAUGCUGCUGUAUUUAUAAUUCAACAAUGGUCGAAGAAGUUCACAAUAGAAGAUUUUUAAUGAAGGUUUCUUCAAAAGGAAAAAAGAAAGAUUUCGUUGGAUCUUGAAAAAUGAUUCUUCUUCUAUAGCAUUGUUCUUAUUAAGGAAGAGAAGAAAUGUGCUGACCGGAAGAAUAAAAUCUUCACGAAUGUAUUAAUCACUUAAAGAUAAAAAUGUGGAUGUCUGUCUGGUGUAUCAUUAAUUAAUCUUUGAAAGAGAAUCUCUUUUGCUUCUGAUUCGAGUACCGGUCGCGAUCAUAAGAAAAGGCUUCUUUGUUCGCUUUGGGGAGAAAUGAUCUUGAAUCGUACUCACCGACAUCGCCAUCACCGAGAAUUACGUGAUGGAGGAUGAAGAGCAUCAGCAGCUCCAAGCCUCCUCUCCACCACCGUACAUCUCUUGCCUUGGGUAAGAGAUAAAGGAUACCAGGGAUAAAUUGAAAUAAUAGAGCAGACAAAGAGAGUGAAGAAAUUCUUUGAAGUUUGCAAGUGGUGGCACAGUUAUUUUCUGAUGCUUCUCUUUAUUAGUAUAUGGAGGGAGGAGGAAGUUUAAUAUUUGAAGCUUCAAACUCAUAGCUUGCUAUUUUCAACUUUAAUUUUUUCCAUGGUAUUCUUAUUUAUGAAUAAAAUUCAUCGAAUUGGAAUCAUUUACAACAAAGCUUAAAUUGCUUAAAAGUGUGCAAGCUGUUUGCAAUGUUCUAAAUAAUCGACCUAAUGCAGUGCAUGAAAAACAUUCAAAGGAUUCAUCAAAGUGUAGCAAUAAAUAUUAACAAGAUCUUCAGUGGUACAUCAAUUGAAUCAGCUCUGUGAAUAGCGUGACAGAAGAACAAUGAUCGUUCGGGGCAUGUUAGAUCAUAUCCCUACUCUCCACGUCCUGUUGUACCGCAACGGUGCCACUGACUGGAGUAUUCUUCCACGAAGAACGGAGAAAGAGAGGAGGGCAUGCGUUGGUUCUGGAAUCGAUUGCAACGCGCACAUGCCGGCUGCCAGGCGACGAAGGAUGCGAAUAGCGAUGGGACCAAUACCCUCAUGAUACCUGGACCUUGAAAACACUGGCAACCAGCAAUUUAUUCUGAAAUUCUGAAAUUUAAAUUUUCAGUUAUUUGAAGAACUCCAAGUAACUAUGCAGAAGAAAAUUUAUGUUAUCAUGGAUGAUUGAGUGAACAACUGAUACGGCAUCAAAGGGACUCUCAUUCACAACCAGAAUUCCAUGUAGACAUGUAAAUCAGUCUAGAAAAUGUAAAUGAUUUUGGAUGGAGAACAUAGAUGAAACGGUGAAUAUAAGUGCAGUAUAAGUAGUGGUAAUGCUACUAUGACAGAAUGUAAUAUAAACUUAGGUGGGUAUGGGAUCGAUCCCAUCGCUAGAGGAGAAUGAGAAGAAAAAUUAAUGGAGAGAGAAAGAAAUAAUAACACCUACGAUAAUAGAGAAACAGCUAGGGUCUAUCGUGCACCCCGCUAUCAACAUGCCGAUAUUAUUGCAUGCGCUAUCACGAACGGUUGAGGAACUUUUAGCAAGGUUCCGAUUGAGAAAGGUUUUUAUCAUGAUAAUGUCGAUUUACGUGGAGUAUUAGUGAACCAACAAACGCAUGCGCAUUUUCAACCUCAUCCCUCUAGUCCUCCACCCUCUACGAGAAGCACCUGUUGUUCACAAAUUACAUUUUUCUCUUAAAAUGGCCAAGUAUUACGUGUUUUUGUACAACAUGGACUAAACUGAAAUAAAAA